AUGGACAGCCCUAAUGAGGAGGGAACACAAAAGGUAGGACAGGGACAGCUUGGCAUCCCCGUAACGACUUUACCUUCGUUGUUCAUCUCUCUCGCUAAUCGAACGUGGGGUUGGUCCGUAACAAUUGACACAGCUCCUGCGACAGUUCCAGUAGCAGUGCUCAAGUUUAGCCUUAUCUGGUCGGUCACCGUACUUUUCGUGGCAUCGCUUGUGGCAUGGCAAACACGUUUCGCCGUGGCAAGUUCCAGGAAGGUAUUCGAAAUAGCUCAAGAAAACUUCAACGAAGAUUCUGGGCUCGUGCGCGGACUUGGUGACCUCUGGCGCGGCGGUGAUGUCGGCUGGUGGGGCUUCGGCAACAGCGGUGCCCUGCUCGUCGGUUACGGCCGUGCCGAGAGGAGUGGCGGCGGCCAUGCCAAUGAAGGCGGCAAGGCAAGUAAGGCUAAGAGAGAGCUUCAUGGCGAUGACUGCUGA